UCCUAGGACACAUGUGCACUUACUCUGUCGUCCCUGCCGCUGUUGCUGAGACGGCCCCUGCUGCUGAGACCGCUGUGGUGGCCUCAGCAAAGGCUCCUCAAGGUAGGGGACGUCGGGCCCGAGGGGGGCGUGGUGGCGGGAGGGGUGGUGGGGGUGGCGGAGGUGGCGGAGGUGGCAGCGGUGGUGGAGGGGAAGGUAGUGUAGACGAGGGGGGGGGGGCUGAUGCCCCAUUGCCGCAUGACCAGAAACGGCCCUUCGAAGUCAUCACCGAUGCAAGUGACAUCGCCAUCAGAGCAGUGCGCAUGCAAGAUUUCGGCAAUGGGCUUCAACCAAUCGCGCACGAGUCUCGCAGAAUGCAAUCUGCCGAGCGCAGCUACCCGAUACACGACAAGGAGAUGCUAGCGAUUGUCCACACGUUCAAAAUCUGGAGGUGCUACCUGACUGGAGCAAAUGUGACGGUGCAAACCGAUCAUAAAUCUCUACUCGGGACGGAUCGAAUUUGGGUCCCAAGUUAUCAUCUACUUCGCGAAUUACUAAUUCAAGAAGUCCACGAUUCGAAUUUAUCGGGACAUUUCGGGGUUGAUAAAACUCUGAAGGCGCUGCAGCGGUUUUAUUACUGGCCAGAUAUGGUGACGGACGUGCAGCGUUACGUGGUCGCGUGUCCGAUCUGCCAGCGAAUGAAAUCAUCAAAUCAGCGACCGACAGGACUAUUGCAGCCCCUCGAGCCACCUCAAUGCCCAUGGCAACACGUGACGAUGGAUUUCGUCACGGGUCUACCGGCCGGAUCCAGUGGAAACGACGCAGUCUUUGUUGUCGUCGACCGAUUGACGAAAAUGGCGCAUUUCGCACCAUGUAGUACAACCAUCACAGCCGAAGAAACCGCGCGACUGUUCAUCUCGACCAUUGUUCGCCUACACGGGAUACCAGCAGCAAUCAUUAGCGAUCAAGACCCGAAGUUCACGUCGAAAUUUUGGCAGGACACGUGGGCUCGGUACGGCACGGGCCUACAGUUCUCAUCCGCUUAUCAUCCCCAAACGGACUGUCAGAUAGAGAGGACAAACCAAACGAUGGAGCAGCUGAUUCGGACAAACUGCCCCAACCGAAACAAAUGGGAGGACGCGCUUCCCCUGUUGAAAUUUUGCUACAACAACGUGCCCUCAGCCACGACUAAUCACUCCCCGUUUUACCUCAAUUACGGGAUGGACCCCACAGUACCUAUCUCUACCAAUGUUGAGAGUCAAGUACCACGGUCGCAGCAGUUUGUGGAAGAAUUACAGACUGCCCGAAAGGAAGCUGUCAAAAUUGUUCGCAAGGCGAACGCUACUGCCAGUUGUUAUGCGGAUUCACAUCGACGUGAUAUUACAAAGGCAGUGGGGAAAAUAGUCCUAUUGGACACCAAGAAUUUACGACUGCCACUACCGACGAAGUUACGACCACAAUUCCGUGGCCCAUUCACGAUUAUGAAGAUGUGAGGACAACACGUGGGUGCUCUCGGAC